AUGUACUAUUGUAUUUUAUGUAAAGCAUGAGGUUAUGAGCAUCACUCGAUAAGGUUUGUCAGGUUCACCCUGUUUACUUCAGAUGUAAGGAGAGGACGACUGUGUAUCAACUCAGUGUUCAUAGGAAGCACAAUGGUUCCCUUACUACUGAUACUGCUGCUGCCAAACUCGCUGGCUGAUCAAGUUUGCAUCAACAUUGCAAACGUUUACAACAUGGACAUCACCAUAACAAACACUUCCAUCGUUGUUGACCGGUCCAGUAAUGUGCAAUGCAACGCGGGUGCGUAUGGACUUAAAUGCAUCUUUGUAUGCACGUUCAACACGACAUCGUUCGAUGGAUCGUCUGUUUGCUUGGAAGCCACAGUGAAAAAAUACCCUUUCAAGGUUGAUUACAUCAUACAACAGUACAGCAACUGUACACGAUACUUGUGCAAUGAGAACGAUAUUGUGCCAUUGAUUGGCACUCUGAAUACUCCCAGCUCCUAUCAGAAGGAAAUGAUGCAACUCGUAUACAUCAGAGAUUCCUGUCCAGAUCUCUUCAACAAUAGUAAAGAAGUUAAGAUGGCCUUCAUAACAGCGGAAAAACAAAUAAUCCACAACAUCAUCGAAGCAUCCAAGUUAGAGACUGAGGGCUCCAUACUUUACAACCUGAAGGCCUUUUCCCUGGAUGUGUUGAAUAUCAGUGCGGCUAGCCUCAGCUCCUCUGGAGACAGCUGGAUCCGUCUGAAAGCUCCACAGCUGUCGCCUCAGAUGGAGUCACUUGUCCCUGAGAUUUGUAUGCCUGUGGGUAGCCUACAAUCCAUCCAAGAUGAGGAGAGGAUUAUUGGUUUGGUCAGCUACAUGCAGCACGGCUCGUUCAAACUUGAACAGGAGGAGCUCUCAUCUAUGGUUCUCAGGAUUGAACUACUGGGUGGACGACGCUUACAGAAUCUGCCUGUGCCAAUCAAUAUGACUUUCAGAGUCGCUGCAGACACAAAUGACAACCUAUUGUGUCACUAUUUGGAUGAAAAAGCUUGGCUUUGGAAAACAGAUGGAUGUCAGACUGUCAGGAACAACCAAAGUUACAUUAUUUGCAGCUGCAACCAUGCAACAGCCUUUGCCGUCCUUCUGACAAGACCGAAACAACUUGCAGAGGUCCACUGGAAAAUUCUCUCAUACAUCAGUUACAUAGGCUGCGGCCUGUCUGCCUUCUUCACUGCUUUGUCCAUUCUGUGGUACGUCUUUAGUAGAAACCAAAAAAUGGAUUUUUCCAUUUCUAUUCAUGUAUCUCUGAGCGGAGCCUUAUUUCUGCUCAAUUCAACCUUCCUGCUGACUGAGUGGGGGGCUCAGGUGGGGCUAGACGGGGUGUGCGUGUUUGUUGCAGCUUUCAUGCAUUACUCCCUGCUCUGCUGUUUCACCUGGAUGGCUAUCGAGGCACUUCACCUCUAUCUCAUGCUAAUAAAGGUGUUUAACACCUACUACAAACACUACCUGGUCAAGCUGUCCCUACUUGGAUGGGGGAUCCCUGGUGUAAUUGUGGCAGUCUCGUUGGCAGUGAAAGACGUCAAACAGUUUUAUGGAGUUACACAAAUGAGCAUGGCCGAUACAAACCAAACCAAUGCCAUCUGCUGGAUCACAGAUGACUCCUUCUUCUAUUCCUUGAAUCUGGCGUAUUUCACCCUCACAUUCAUCUUCAAUUCUGGCAUACUGAUAACAGUGGCCUCAAGGAUCUGUAAGUUACAGCCAAGGCUUGGAACAAAGACUGGGGGAAAUGCAGGGAGAGACCCAGAUACCUGCAAGAAUGGCUUCACUGUGAUGGGUCUCACCUGCCUGCUGGGGACCACCUGGGGCCUGGCCUUUCUGGGCUCAGGAUACGUCAACUACCCCAUCCUCUACCUCUUCUGCAUCCUGAACUCCACACAAGGUUUCUUUAUCUUCUUAUGGAUCUGUCUGUCCGCAAAGAAGCAGAUGAAGCAAGUAAUGGAGGACAAGAUGACCUCUGCUACUGUCAACACCUCAGGAAUCAAAUCGGAUUAGACCCCCUUUCAUCGCCUGCUUUUGUCUGGAUGAUAAAACCUACCCUGUGAUUGUGACUUCCCUAAUCAUACCCUUCCAUGUAACCUUCUGUCCUUGGACCUCUCCUGUAUACAUUGUUUUUUAUAUAUUACCCCUGUAAAUUCACAAGCAUGAUGUAAGCUUCCAUUCACAUGCAGAUGACACACAACUGUAUUUAUAUCUCUUUUGAGAUACUCUGAUCAAGUGGAUUUUUUGACUUAAAAUGCUGGAAGGCAAACAAAUUCUUCCAGUUAGAUAUUGACAAGACUAAGGUCAGGACUAUUGGCCGUGACAUUCACUACCCACACUUUAAAGUUAAGCCAUGGUGUCAUGUUUGAUAAUGAUCUCACCUUAAAUAUUCAUAUUCAACACAGUUGUCCAGUUGUUGUUUUCAGAAGGCACUUACACAUAUUUAUUUAUAACACUAUACCUCAGUCACAGCUGAGGACCGAGGGUGACCAGACCUUUCUUCUCAGGAUUUCCACUGUUUGGAACAACCUCCCUGUCUGACAAAGUCCUCAUAUUCCUUUGAAAUCUCUUGUAAAUAGUUUUCUCAGAUGAAUUCACUUCUAACUUUUUAAUUGCAUUUAUUUACUUCCUUUUAAUCCAGCUCUGACCUUAAUGACUGUUUUUUUCUUUUGUUUUUACUUACCUUACUCGUAAAGAACCGUAUAAAAUGUUUCCUCCAUGCACCUACUUUAAAGGUUCAGUGUGUAAGAUUCAGGUGAAAUGGAUCUAUUGGCAGGAAUUAAAUUUAAAAUAAUCCUAGUGAUGUUUCUACUAGUGUGUUCAUCUAAAUUGUACGAAUUGUUGUUUUCUUUGCUAUGGAAUGGGCCCUUUAUAUUUAAAUACUUUAUAUCGACAUCGAGAGAGGCUCCUCGCUACAGAGGCCAUCAUGUUUUAUACAGUAGCCCAGACUGGACAAACUAAACACUUUUUUAGUUUUUAAUACAAUUGAAGACUCCAACAGGUUCUCUUUCAUGUUUGGAAGAGGAUGGUGAGCUGAGAGGUGUUCAGCUGCAACAUGAAACUUCAACACUAGAUGUCACUUAAUUCUACAAACUGAUAAAACUGAUUUAAAUCAUUGUGUAGUUGAUGUCACUUUUCAAUAAUCAAUAUGUGAGAUUGAUCAAGUUUCAAUCGAAGGAAAUCAUAUUAACAACUGAAUAAUUGUCAAUACUGGAAUAAUACAUGCUAUAUAGACUAGUAAAAAUGUGUAGUAAAAUUUGUUUAAACAGCGGAAAAACUACUCUUAUGUAUGUUGUGAUGUUGAUUCUGCUGAAUUUUAUUUGCAUUAAAAUCCCCACAGAAUAA